UUUCAGGCAGUAGGAAAUCAUGAAUUCGACCUAACACCCGAGGUUUUGGCGAAGUUUGUUGAUGCAACAGAUGCGCCAUUUGUAGCUGCCAAUCUAAAUUUCACAAAAGAACCCUCGCUGUCAAAAGUACAGAAAUCCGUCGUAUUACAAGUGCAAGGGCACCAAGUAGGAAUUAUAGGAUAUCUAACACCCGAAACUAUCAAAAUAUCUUUAACGGGAAAUGUAGUAUUCUACGAUGAAGUCGAAGCGAUCAGAGAAGAAGCCAAGAGACUUGUUAAUGAAGGUGUAAACAUCAUUAUAGCUCUCGGACAUUCUGGUUACGAAGUAGAUAAAAAAAUCGCUAAAGAAGUAGAGGAAGUUGAUAUAGUCAUCGGAGGCCACACAAACACCUUUCUAUGGAACGGAGAAGAGCCGGAUUCGGAAACUAAAGAAGACGUUUAUCCUAAAAUGAUAACUCAAACUUCGGGUAAAACAGUGCCGGUAGUCCAAGCCUACGCUUAUACCAAGUACUUAGGUGUGCUAAAUGUCACUUUCGACACUAGCGGCAGAGUAACCGGCGUUUCUGGACAACCGAUAUUCCUGGAUAACAGUAUAGAUCAGCAAGCUGAUGUUUUGGAAUUACUUGAAGUUUAUAGGCCUGCUAUAGACGAAUUAAACAAAGAAAAAGUAGGAGUUUCUAAAGUUUUAUUAGAUGGUAAUUCUGACGUAUGCCGUCAGAAAGAGUGCAACUUUGGGAAUUUUAUAGCUGAUGUUCACGUAGCUUACGUCGCGUCAAUAACGACUGAAAGAUGGACAAGUGCUCCCAUAGGAAUCUAUAACGGAGGUGCUAUCAGAAACACCAUCAUACCAGACGUUGACGGCAACUCCGUUACCCGCGGUGAUCUACUCGGAGCUAUACCAUUCGGUAACCAAGUUAUAACACUAACUUUAAGCGGUUCCAAUUUACUCUACGCUUUCGAACAAAUGGUUAGGUCGGAAGGAGAAACCUCCAAAGGAGAAUUCCCACAAGUUUCCGGCAUUCGUCUGCAACUGGAUAUGUCCAAACCACCUUACUCCAGAGUUCAGAGUGUUAGAGUUAGGUGUGGCAUUUGCGAAAUUCCUGUUUAUGAGACAUUAAACGAAGCUCAGAAUUAUACAUUAGUUACGUCUAGUUUUCUGUCUGAGGGCGGAGACGGAGUUACAGUUUUCAGAGAUCACGCCAUAAAGAAAACCAGCCAGGACUUGGGAGAUUUGGAAAUGAUGGUUUGGUAUUUUAAUAAAUACAGUCCAGUGUAUCCCGAAGUUCACGGGAGAAUAGAAUUUGUGACUUCGGGCGUAAGAAGAACGAACAAUUGGACAACGAUGUUACUGGGGAUAGUAACACUACAAAUUCUAUGGAGGUGUAUAUAAUAUCUAAAACCACCUAUUAAAGUAUUUUUCCUAAAAUAAUGGUGUUUUAUAUUCAUGUCCUUCUCCAAGUAUUGUAAAUAUUGUAAAUAAAUAUAUGAUAACAGGACGGAAACCAUAUUAUUCUGACAUCAGAGGUCUGUUAUUUGUUCUGCUUGAUUAACAAUUUUUGAAAUUACUCUAAAUUUGUGAACAAUUGAACGACAAUGUUUAUUGGGGAUAUUCCUCCAAAUUAUAUGGAGGAGAAUAUAAUAUCUAAAACCUAUUAAAAUAUUUUUU